GAUUAUGUAUAUAAAAUGACGAAAAUAGUUCCAGAAACAGUUCGGUCCAGUGCAGCGAAAGAUAUUGUUGACAUGAUGUUGCAAAGAAAAGUUUUAGCUUUAUUAUUAGUAACUAAGAUGGCUGUAUCCCAGUCAAUUUACCCAACAACAGCAGUAUCUUACUCAACAAGUUCAGUUCCAACGAUACAAACCCUCCCAGUGUCACCAACUGCAGUCAACCCUAUACCAGCUACAGUCAGUCCUGUGCCAGCUACAGUCACCGCUAUACCAGCUACAGGAUCACCAGCAAAAGUCACGACUUUACCCAUGUCAGCUCAACCAGCAACAGUAACAGCAAUGCCAGUAGGUUCCUCAGCAGCUCCAGCGACAUCAGGCGUGAAAGUUACUACAAUGCAUUCAUCAUCAAUGUCAUCACCUGUAUCUUCAUCGAUAUUAACAGAACCAAAAGCCCAUUUCCUACCAACACCUAUUCCUGAUCCAAAAGUAACGAUCCUACCUCACGAUACGCCUAUCCCACCGAUAGCAGCAACUGCUCCUCCUGCAUCGUCCUCAAAUAUGGGCCAUUUGAAGAAUAUUAAAGAAAAAGGGCCUGCAUCUCCGGUAAAAAGAAUAUCGAUGGCAUGUACAGAAGAUUUCAGCCUUCCAAAUGAAGAUUUGUGCCCUGGUUUUCCGUUGAAAGAUCUUAAGCCACCAACUGCUAAGAGUAAUAAGGGGAAUUUGAGUAAUCCGAUUGAUUUUGAAGGCUUGAUAGAUGGAUUUUUCAGUUGUUUGUAGGCUCAUUUACAUGAUGCGAGAACUUGCGAGUUUUAAUACAUUGCGGUUUUUGAAUGGUUUUUCAGAAUUAUAUAUAACCUCAACAUGCCGCAAUGUAACUAAAGUCACAUGAGAGUAGCACACCGGCAUCUAAGUCAGUUUUAAAGAAGAUAAGAUAAAAUUGACAUAUUGUGACAUAUGGCAGGAAGUUUCGCAGGAUCAGGACAGGUGGCGUGCUCUCGUUUUAGAGGUCAAGAUUCUCUUUAGAUUGCAGAGCCAUAUUAGUUUGUAAUAAUACUCGUAGAAGAUGAACAAGUGCCACAACUGAUAAUUCAAAUAAGAUUUAAUAAUAAAUGUAGGUAGUUAUAAAAGAAAGAAAGGUUAUAAUCAG